CAUAGUUGAUAUAUUGGAUGUGGAAGAAAUUAAAUGCAUUGUAGGAUCUUUGAACUGUGAAGCUAGAAAGGAAAUUAGAGGAUUAAAAAAAUUGUAUUUGAGAUUAGUUCCCAGAACAUAAAACUAUAUUUAGUUACUCAGGUAAUCUCUAGUGUUCCAAUAAAGUGAAUGUUAUUUUCAUGUAGUUACCCUGACCCAUAAUUAACUGAGUGCUGAGAAAAUGCUUCCUGAGUAAUUACUUCCAACCUUGCAGGGCUGAUUCCAUGCAGCAUGCACAUACAUUCAGUGUGCCUUAGGGUAUACAUUUAUCUCCUUGCUUACUUAAUGGAAGCUACUACUUAGGUAAGAGUCUAUGGUUUUAUUUGCUUAAAUAAAAGAACUACUUUAAAAUGACCUCAAAAUCAUGACCUGUUUCUUUUAGCAGCUUUGAAAGUGUACAGUGAUAAAUUCCGCAAGAUGAACCUUUUGCCUCAAGAUAAAUAUGCACAGUACUUACAGUAUUUGAACAUACUGUCAGAAUGUUACUUAGACUCAAUCAGCCUUUUUCUUCCUUUCCUCCAGCGUCAGAGGAAAAUACAGAAGGAUCGCUUAGUGGCUGAAUUUACAACAUCACUGACAAACUUUCAGAAAGUUCAGAGGCAAGCUGCUGAGAGAGAAAAAGAAUUCGUUGCUCGAGUGAGAGCCAGUUCAAGAGUAUCUGGCAGUUUUUCUGAAGACGUUUCAAAAGAAAAGAAUCUCGUAUCUUGGGAAAGCCCAGCACAACCUCAGGUGCAGGUACAGGAUGAAGAAAUCACAGAGGAUGACCUGCGCCUUAUCCAUGAGAGAGAGUCUUCUAUCAGGCAACUUGAAGCUGAUAUUAUGGACAUUAAUGAAAUAUUUAAAGACUUAGGAAUGAUGAUUCAUGAACAAGGAGAUGUGAUUGAUAGCAUAGAAGCUAAUGUAGAAAAUGCAGAGGUACACGUUCAACAGGCAAAUCAACAGCUGUCAAGAGCAGCAGAUUAUCAGCGCAAAUCCAGAAAAACCUUGUGCAUCAUCGUGCUUAUCCUUGUUAUUGGAGUUGUGAUUAUCGGUGCCAUCGUAUGGGGAUUGAAAAGCUAAAACUGUUGCACUACAUUCUUUAAAUUAUGUAGGAGACCCCUGCAAUCAUGUUUUUAUUAUUACUGUUUUAAAGCUGUUGCUUAAUGGAUGGUUCCCAUACUUCGUUAUUUUUAUUGGUGGGGUUCCUUUGGAGAAAAUAUGGUAUUUUCUAAUACUGAGAGUUUUUCUAAAUAUCAUUGCUGGCAUGACUUCCAUGCUUUUUGAUUCAAUAACUGAUAGUGUUCUGCCCAACUGUACAUAACUUUCAUUUAUAAUUUAUUUCUCCUGUUUGACUUAGUUUUUGAAAUUAGUAAAUGAAAAACGGUAUGUGUUCUAUAUCUCUGUCACUGCUUAACAUGCAACCAGAUUUUUGUGUUACUUUAAUUCAAAUUCUCAGAUUAAAAUUUUAUUUGGCCAGCAGAGAAAAUAUUCUCAAUAACUUAAAAGCUAACAUGUCUGUUUAUAUAUUUCCUGUGGUUCAUAAUAGCCUAUGUUGUUUAACUUUUACUGUUGAAUUUCUUUGAAUAAAAUCAAUGUAUCAUUUCCUAGUAUAUCUCCUGUACCUGUAAAGCAUUUGCUGUAGAUUGCCUAGAUUACACGUGGUCUAUUUAAAGUCUGAUGUUUACUAGGGAUGAUGAAGUCAUUUGGAAGUUGGAUUCUAAAGAUCCCAACCUGUUUUUCACUGAUAUUAAAAAUACAUUAUUUACUUUCCUUUAUGUUCUGUAGAAUAAUGAUUAUACAACAUAUCUUCGGAUGUGACUUAAAGGAAAUAGCUUUCCCACGAUUAUACUUUUUCAGCCUAACACUUAAAAUUUAGUGUUUAUACUGAGUACCAUUUUGUACCAUCCUUCAUUAGGAAACGAAUGUUUACCAGUUAACUCACUUGCCUUUUUAAGUCAAUAUUGUUUGAAUGCAUGAAAAAAAGGAUGAUCUUAGUUUAUCAUUUGAAUUUUAUAAUGUUCUUAUAGCAGUUUGAUAUUGAAGGCAGUGUUUCAUGUGGUGAACUUUGAGACUUUCAGUGGGAACAAAUGGAAUAUUAACUAUUAAAUUGUAUGUUUGAAACCAAAAUAAAGAUGAUUUAAAAGGUG